AUGCCACCCUUAGGAGAAGCCGACACAAUCCGCAUCCUCGUCUCAACCGACAACCAUGUCGGCUACAACGAGCGCGACCCCAUCCGGGGCGACGACAGCUGGAAAAGCUUCCACGAAAUCAUGUGUCUCGCCAAACAGCGCGACGUCGAUAUGGUCCUGCUGGCCGGCGAUCUCUUUCAUGAAAACAAACCAUCCCGCAAAUCCAUGUAUCAAGUUAUGCGCUCCUUACGCGCAAAUUGUCUGGGUGACAAGCCCUGCGAGUUAGAGCUAUUGAGCGACGCUAGUGAGAACUUUCAGGGGGCGUUUAACCAUGUCAAUUAUGAGGAUUUGGACAUUAAUGUUGCGAUUCCGGUGUUCUCGAUUCAUGGGAAUCAUGAUGAUCCGUCGGGAGAAGGGCAUUUGGCGGCAUUGGAUAUUCUGCAGGUUUCGGGGUUAUUGAAUUACUACGGACGAACGCCAGAGUCGGAUAAUAUACAGGUCAAGCCUGUGUUAUUACAAAAGGGCCGGACGAAACUUGCGCUCUACGGGCUGAGUAAUGUGCGUGAUGAACGAUUGUUUCGGACGUUUCGGGAUGGCAAAGUGAAAUUCUUCCAGCCUUCGGUUCAGAAAGAGGACUGGUUCAAUUUGAUUUGCGUCCAUCAAAACCAUCACGCUCAUACGGAGACGGGAUAUCUACCAGAAAACUUUCUCCCAGAGUUUCUCGAUCUGGUCAUCUGGGGCCACGAACACGAGUGUCUUAUUGACCCAAAACUGAAUCCAGAGACUAAUUUCCAUGUCAUGCAACCGGGCUCUUCAGUGGCUACGUCUUUAGUUCCAGGUGAAGCUGUCACUAAGCAAGUGUCAAUUCUAUCAAUCACCGGGAAGGAGUUCAAGAACGAACCAAUCCCGUUAAAGACAGUGCGUCCGUUUGUCAUGAAGGAGAUCGUGUUGUCCGAGGACAAAACAGCAAAGAAGUUGGCACGAAAGGAGAACAACCGCACUGAAAUUACACGUCUGCUGAUGACCUACGUGGAGGACCUGAUUGAGCAAGCUAAGCAAGAAUGGCUAGAGACCCACGAAGAUGACGUUGGAGAUGACGAAGAGCCAGAAAUUCCUCUUCCUCUUGUCCGUCUCCGUGUGGAAACUUCUACACCAGAAGGCGGUAGUUUUGACUGCGAAAAUCCACAACGCUUCUCCAAUCGAUUCGUGGGCAAGGUAGCCAAUGUCAAUGAUGUAGUGCAAUUUCAUCGAAAGAAGAAAGCCGCUACGACUCGCAAGAAGGAUGAUCUGGAUGCCGAGGCAGCCAUGUCGCAUCUUUCAACCCUCGAUACGGUCAAAGUGGAACAACUAGUACGCGAGCUACUUACCGCGCAAUCGCUGACUAUUCUGCCCCAAAACUUAUUCGGUGAUGCCGUCACUCAGUUUGUUGACAAAGAUGACAAGCAUGCCAUGGAGAUGUUUGUCAAUGAGUCACUUGAUAGUCAGAUCAAACAUCUUUUGACGUUGGAACGUGACGCAGACCUUGAAGACGAGGACGAGACACAUCAGUCUCUACGGAACGCGAUGGAAAAGUAUCGCGGGCAAAUGGAAGAUAUGUUUGCCAAGGGGGCAGUGAAACGAACCCGAGGGCAGAAGAAGUUCAAGCCCAAGCCAGACGGUUGGGACUCAGAGUUUGAUGGUGCUUGGGAGGACCAGCCUGGAGCAUUGAUUCAUUCUGAUAACGAAGGCGGUGACCCGAUCGAAGAGGACGCUGCUGAAGAUGGAACGGAAAGAGCCGCACCAUCUACUAGGGGUAGAGGAAGGGGUCGCGGUGGACGAGGAGCAGCCGCUACUACUCGCAAGACUACUACAACAACUACUACUACUAAAGCUGGCACAUCACGCGGAGGCAGAGGCAAGAAAACUGUCGUGUCGGAUGACGAUGAAGACGAAGAUGUGAUUAUGGUUGAAGACUCCGUGGAGGAGCCCGAAGCAAUUGUCUCAGACGAGGAUGACUCGCAAGCACUGUUUGUCCACCAAUCGCGCACCAAAAAGACGACAACUACAGCACGAAAACCGGCGGCAAGUACUACGACGACAGCAUCCAAGAGUCGCAGCAAAAAAGCAGCAUCUCCGGCGCCAUCAUCGGUGACCGCAGGCGCAUCAUCUACGCGACGCGGCGGUCGCGGAGGAGCAAAGUCGACGCAGCAGACGACACUGACUUUCGCAUCGCAGGCUGGUUCGACGGGCACCAGGCGGAAUGCGGCUCGCACAGCAAGGGCCGGGKUUACGGAGAUGAGCGAUGUUGAGGAUGACGACGAUGAUGAUGCGUUUGAGCCAGCGACGAUUACUCGUAAACGUCGGUAG